AUCGGCUGCCAGGGCGCUCGGCCGGCCGACUGCGUGGCUGACCCGCGAAGCCCCCCCCCCAAAUUGCUGCGAUCUUCCCCCGCUCUGCAUCUUCACCUCUAGCUCCCUCUGUUUCUCCCCCCCCCGUGACGAGGGGAGGCGGGCGGGGCCCUCGGCCAUGGCCACCUGCUGCGCGGAUUGGCCGGCCAGCUCCACGCACGUCCGGGACCAACCGGGCGCUCGGGGGGCAGCCGGGCGCACCUGAAGCGAACGGUCCCGCCGUCACCCUCCACCCCACCUUCCCACGCAGCCAGCCGGCCGGUCGGGCGCUCGUACGCUUCCUCGAAGGGGCUUUAUGCGGAGGCUCCCGGGAUCCUUGGAGGCCGGCGGGGGCUCCUCUGUCUCUGCUUCGGGUGAGAGGUCGGGGAGGAGGAGGAGGCAGGAUCUGGCCAGCAGCUGCCCCCUAACGGUCUCGGCAGCCCCGGCGGCGAGGAGGAAGGCGCGAAGAUCUGCCGCUGAGGAGCGGCGGCGGCGUCCGGGGAGGCAGACCUGUAGGAGCAGCAGAGCCGCCUGCCUGGAAGGGAGAAGAUGCCAUUCCAUCAUGUCACGGCUGGACUGCUGUACAAAGGAAACUAUCUGAACCGGACACUCUCAGCAGGAAGCGACAGUGAGCAGUUGGCCAACAUCUCAGUGGAAGAAUUGGAUGAAAUUCGGGAAGCUUUCCGAGUCCUGGACCGGGAUGGCAACGGCUUCAUUUCCAAGCAGGAACUGGGAAUGGCCAUGCGCUCUCUGGGAUACAUGCCUAGCGAGGUGGAACUGGCAAUUAUUAUGCAGCGGUUAGACAUGGAUGGAGAUGGUCAAGUUGAUUUUGAUGAAUUCAUGACGAUCCUUGGGCCUAAACUGGUAUCCUCAGAAGGGCGGGAUGGCUUUUUGGGCAAUACAAUUGACAGCAUAUUCUGGCAGUUUGACAUGCAACGGAUAACAUUGGAGGAGCUUAAACACAUCCUGUACCAUGCGUUCCAGGACCACUUAACAAUGAAGGACAUUGAAAAUAUUAUCAUCAAUGAAGAGGAGAGUUUAAACGAGAACUCUGGUAAUUGUCAAACGGAAUUUGAAGUGCAUUCCCAGAAACAAAACCGACAGACCUGUGUACGGAAGAGCUUAAUAUGCGCUUUUGCUAUGGCCUUUAUUAUCAGCGUUAUGUUGAUCGCAGCCAAUCAAAUCCUCCGAAGUGGCAUGGAGUAGCCAUAACACUGUGAAACAAAUGAUCCACGCAUGCGCAUGCUGCCCGGUGAACUUUCUCCCUGAUCAACUUUCAAACCAACGGGCAAAGGAGAGAGAGAGAGAGAGAGAGAGAGAGAGCACGUGUGAACGAGAGUGAAGGUUAAGAGGAACGGUUCAGCAAGGAAACUCUAUCCGGCAGCAUAUCUGUAAAUCAACUAUAUCCUCUUGGCAGGGACAUAAAAGGGCUGUCUUAAUGCUUUAAUGGUUUUUUUUUGUUUCCUAAUGCAAUAAAAAAAAAGAAAACCAUAAGAGCCCUGAAUUAUAUUUUUGAUGUGGUAGCAGUAGAUGAAAACGAGGAAGCAUUGAUCAAGUCUCAGCACUGGUUGCAUGGUUGGGUCACCUACUGGCCAGGACACUUUCACCCAUCUGUUUUUAGGUGUCCCACAUGCCAGGAAAUGGAACAUCCACAUAACCACUGCAAGUUCAAGACCAUAAUUUCGACAAUUUCAUCUGACUUCAGGGUUUUUGAUUCAAGUCUUUAGUACUGAAGAAACCAGUGAAAAGUCCGUGUCUGGAGACACGAAUAUGAAUAAGGCUGGUUCAGAGACGUUUUGUUCAUCUAUUAAACAUAAGACUGGUCCAGUGUUUUGUGUUUUCAAACUAGUGCAUUCCAUUCAUCCACUUCCCUGCUUUUUCAUCAGCAUUUUUAUGAAAGGAAAACGAAGUUAUGCUGGGCCUUUCACAAAGCCAAUGCAGAGUCUUCCUACCAUCUUUUCCAACAAUGCUGUAAAAGGUUAUUGGACUCCUUGAUCCAAUGUAUAAAUAGCUUCAUAUUUAAUAUACAGUCUCUGUUGAUCUUAUUCAAAUCUGUCUUAUACAAAGACUUCCAAAACAGAAUUUUGGAAGUUACUCCCAGCUUAAUAUCUUAGCACAUUUUGCUACAACAAUUCUGGAGGUAAAUAAUAUAUGUAUGUGAUUGUAGUGUAAGGGUUUGAAGUGAAUCAAGGAAGUGCUACUUGUCUUAAAGCCUGGUGAAGUUGUUGCUGCUUUAGGAUGGACAUCUCAGUUGAGUUUUUCCAAUGAGAGCAUGGAUUGGUCCACCCCAUAGACCCUAAUAGCCUUAAGUGCAAACAUGGUGAUAGCUCAGUCAACCAAUAGCCAGGAACAGCUUGAUGACAUGUGAUAAGGAGAGGAAAUUGUUCUAGAAACAGGUGCCAGAGUUUAUCUUCCAUACCUUUGGUGUCCCCCAGACUAUGUGGGUGAGACUGUAACUCAUGCGACUUUCCUCUGAUUAAGCUCUCAAACUGAAUGAUGAUUCUUCGGUCUGUGGGGUUUAACCAGAUCGAUUGCAAAUGUAGCAGAGGUAGUUGCACAAUGGGCCAGGUUGGAGUUGGCCUCAGUUUAUAUCUGGAGGGGUGCUGUGGGUGAUGUGAUAUGGAGAAACAGCCUGUUUGACUAGUUUCGGGUUCAGAAUAUUGUGUAACCUAUCAAUCAUUCUAUGAAAUAAACUGUAUGAACAUAGUUUCUCGGAGAGCCAUAUGCAGGAGUGUAGCUAAAGUACUUCUUCUCCCUUGUUGCAUUUUCCUUAACUUUCCUAGCAGAUGUAUUUGUGGAGGGAUGCAUAGAUGCACAAACUGGAAUGAAUUCUACUGAGUGAAUUCACUGUAUGAAUAGGAAGGGACCUCAUACAUCAUCCAGCCUGACUCUCCUUGCUCAGUGAAGGAAGCCACAGAAUCAUUCAUAUACUAAGCUACCAGCUUCCCAUUUGAAAUCUGAGGCAGGGAGUAGACCAUGGGAUCAAUAAUUCUUGGCAACAUUGCAGAAAUGGUCUGCUGUUGCCUCCUGUUUUCACAUACAAACACACACAUCUGCAGUCACGUCAUCCAAAUAGUUCCCAGUAUUAUUUUUUUUAAUUAUUCAAAUUUUAAAACAUCAAUGAAGUAUAAGGCAUUUCUAUCCUUAGCACAACAACCUGAAAGUAGCUUAAAAAAACUGAGAGCAUUUGUAGCAGUGGCUGCAACAGCAAAAAAAUAAAACAAAAUAAAAAUGGAAGUAAUAAAGAUGAAAAACAAAAUAAUAGCUUAAUAUAGCCGAUAUACAGGCAGUCUUCGACUUACAACCGUUCAUUUAGUGAACAUUUGAAGUUACAACAGCAUUGAAAAAAAGUGACUUAUGACCAUUGCAGUAUCCCCAUGGUCACCUGAUCAAAAUUCUUCGCACCUGACUCAUAUUUAUGAUGGUUGAGGUGUCCUGGUGUCGUAUGAUCACCGCUUGUGACCUUCUGACACGCAAAUUCAGUAGGGAAGCUAGAUUCACUUAACAACUAACUUAACAAUUGGAGUAGUAAAUCAGAUUUUUAAAUGAAUCACAACUGUGGCAAGAAAGGUCAUAACAUGGGGCAAAAACUCGCUCAACAACUGUCUUGCUUAGCAACAGAAAUUUUGGGCUCAAUUGUGGUCGUAAGUCGAGGACUACCUGUAAUAGAAAUGAUUUAACCAUAGGGGCAGCAAUGUUUAUAGAUGAAGAGGCUUCUGAGAAUGAAGAAGGUGGAGGUGGCACUUCGCACGCCAUGCCUUGCCCCUUCCCAGAGUUGGAGAUGAAAAUUAAAGCAUGCUACAACCCGGUUGAAAAUCCUUAGUGUGUGUGUGUUUGCCUAGCAACUAAAAUCCCACAAACUGGUGCCAAUAUUGGAAGCAUUCAAAAAGCGCUUCUGUUGUUUCAGAACAAUUUGGCUCUGCAGAAAGGCAUAAAUUAACCAAUGGCCAGUCCAGAAUGCAAAUUAGGCAUCCAACGUGAAGUUCUCAGGUCAGGUUGUUUGGCCAGCAACUACUAGUAUCCUUUCCGUUUGGCUGAUCACAUGGCAACUUCUCUGUAUGUGUGUCAGACAUAGGGAAGGUGAGAAUGGGGUAAAUUGACUCCCUUUCCCUGCUAGCUUGGAGGCUAUAGUGGCAAUCCGGUGGUUUAUGCUGGUGGAGUUUCUAUUUAGAGCCCCAUGGAAACAUUGGCUAGA